AUGUCUUUCAACACCCUCGCCCUGGGCCUUUUCUUCCUCUUGUUACAAACUGUUUCGGCUCAGUUUUGUUCGUUCUGGAAUAGUGGAUGCAUCGACACGCUCGCUCAAACCGCAGUUCGAUUCGAUCUCAAGCCUCUCUUCCCGGACCCCGUUACGCUCUACUACGGCUUCGAUGCCAGUCCUUCCGGAAAGGGCGAUGGGCCUAUGACCAAGACAGCGUUCUGGCUGGGAUAUCAAACUCGAAAUAUCAAUAUGAAAGCCGUCGACUCGAAUCGCACGUCGGAGAUUGGGCUCCGCGUCGGCAAUUUGACAGGUACCCCUUCCGGAGCGAACAAUGGAUGUGAUGGCAUCUGGGGGGAGGAUUGUUCCAGUGAUCUCAAGACUGCGUUAAAGCAUGGCAUGUAUCAGCUUGCUCGCUCGGGCGAGUAUUAUUCCAAACCCCUCGAGGUCACUCUCAACCAGAUGUUGAUGAAGCCGCCGACGCUUCGGUGUUCGCCAUACGUUCUGGAUGUUGCUUCGAUCCCAGUGCAAGAUUUCGCCAGAGAACGAGUCCCCGGCCAGAACGUCACCAUUAUGCCGCCUGGCUCGGGCGCUUGGCCCUGGCAGGUCUGGUACCUUGAUCAAAUGAACGCCCGCAAACAAGCCUCCCAAGUCGCAGUCGGCAUCAUCAGUCGUGCCCCUUCUUACAACAGUGCACCGCCGGACAGUCCAGAUGAUAUAACGGUUGAGCUUGUCUGUGUGCAGGCGCCUUCAAGCGGAUCUAACAAGGGCUCUCAGGACUAA